CUAAAUGUAAUCCUAUUUAAUAAUUCAGCGGACUUUCAAAUUAAAAAUUAAAAAAGUUAUUCAAAAUUUCCGUUACAUGCUCGGGAUGCUACAUAUAGGUAUAUAAAAAGUUUCAAACGUACAUUUCUUGAUUGUACACUUUCUCUGAGCUAUAGUUAACGUGUGAAAAUUUAUUCACAAGAUACUUUAUGUGUAGAAACGGAAAUAUGUAAUACUUUUAAUAAUCUUAUUCACGUAAUGAAUAAAAAUCGUAUUGCGUUUAGCCACAUGAUACUAUUUUUAUUAAAUUGAGACACCGUUAUUUCUUUAGCAGAACCGUCCCUGAAGGCACUAACACUAAUGUUUAAACGUUUAUAAGAUUCUUUAUUACCUACUUUAUUCAUUUAUUGAGAAAUCUGAAGACACGUUUAUUUUGACGUCACUUGAUAUUUGCUUUUGUCAAUUCCACAUUUCUUUAUCUUGGAAAUAAAAUCUUACUUUAGAGAUGGACGCAAAAGACCAGUUUCAAGUAUAAAAAGUUCAUUUUAUUUUAAUUUUUUUUCCUGCUGUUAACAUGAGAUUUAAUUCAAAUUAUGCUGCGCAGUAUGGAAAACAAGAAUGCUUAGAUUUUUGGGACGACUAGUCCAUCCCCAUUUCCAACUGUGUCCAUUUUUCGGAACGACUAGACACAUUCUUAAUUUUAGGUUCAAUUUUGAAAGCAGAAUACUUAAAAUUUUUAAUUCUCAAUUUUGUAUGGCCUUUCAGUCAAAGCAUGGUAGGAAAAAAAAUUUGAAAAUUGGAAAAUGACCUAGGUUUUUUUUCUCUAUUUUAAUUACGCCUGAUUUUUGUCCAAAAGGUCCUAAAUAUGCUCUUUUCAAAAUGAUAUAACGUGUAGAGAGUCUAUUAUAUACUUUUUUUUUAAUUUGGUAAUUAAUAGUAUAUCAAAACAUCUUAUUAAAUUUAAAAUUGAUUACAUAGUCGAUUAUCGGGGAAAUGAAUUUCUGAGCUUAUUGUAACGGAGAGUGUUGUCCGAAAUUGGCAAUGUUGAUUCAAAAAUUUGGGCAGUAUAAAAAUAAAUAAAUAGUAAAUAAAAUAAUGAAUUAAUUUAGAGAGGGAAUAUGCAAUGUACAUAUAAACGGAACAAAUUAACGUGCAAAUUAUGUAAUCAUCGUAGAUUUCAUUGUUAAAUAUGAAUUAUUGAACUAAAGCUCAAAGUAUAGAGUAUUCGUAGUGGGCACCAUAGGGUGUCCUAAAGACAUUCUUAGAAUAUACCUCUAUGUCAUAUGGUUUGACGUCUUUAAGACAUCCUUUGGAUCUUUUCAUGUCUUUAAAAGGUCCUCAGGACGUCCCUAAAACAUCCGCCGAAAGACGUAUAUAGGACAAGUUUAGGACUUGUGUGCCUACUGGGUUAACUUCUACUAUCGCUCAGGAUGGCUACUCGAUCAGAGAAACGGGGAUAUAACAGAGAAUUCAUUUUUUUACCGAUAACAUGCUAAAUUUUUAGUAGUAAAACGUGAAAAUUCAAUUUGUUGAAAAAAAUUCUUUUGGCCUUGACUGAUUUGAAAUAUAUCCAUUCUAUUUAGUUCUGAAAUAGGUACUCUCAUAAAUUAUAAAAUUUGUAAUUUAGGAAUUAAAGUUAUUUAAAGUAUACCUAGUGGGCAGAAAACUAUAAAAUCCCAAGAACGUCCUAUGUCAGGCCAAUUAACGUCUUUAAGACGACCAAUGUCCUAACUAUGACCUAAGGACGUCUUAAAGAUAUGGACGUUCCCGGGACAUCUUUCGUACUGACAUUAGACGUUUUAAGAGCAUCCCUAGGAUGACUAAAAGACAUGUUAUAAAAGACGUCUUAUGGAUAUCCCAACGACAUCUCUAGGACAUCCUUAAUUUUUUGUCCACUGGGUGUACCUCUAAUUUGCAAUUGUGCAUUAUUGAACGAUUGUACAACAAAUAUAAUCAUAAAUGUCUUAGACUUUAAUUGUAAUUACUUCGAAUUCAGUACAAAAUGCCUUAAUUUGUAUUUGAUUGGCCCAAUAUUAAAACGCGUUACUUUCAAACAUCGAUGUUUAUUUUUUCACCUGUUCUCGACGUAUUCAGUUUUCUGAAUCACAACCACCACCCCUGUCAACUGUUCGCAUAAUAUAUAAAAGUGAAGCAGCGAUUGUUACCGUCGUCAGUUCGCGUUACCACAUGGCACGAGCCGCACAUUCACGCAUUUUUUAAUCGUUCUACCUUUAACGCACUUGUUCGUAAAUCUCAUUCCGAACUAUCGUAUGUGAAUACGUGUUUCUCUACGACGCGAAACUAAUACGGCUUUAAAAGAAAAACGACAAUUUGAAUAGAUCUCAGAUCGUCUAUUACUAUUUUACACCAAUCAAUAAUAAAACCAUUAUUUCAAAACUUCAAACGAAAAUGAGUACAGUUUUUAAAAAAAAGUAAUAAUUUCUCGUCUUAAUUCCUUCGGAAUAGUGUACGUGUGUUUAAGUGACGUAAGCAUUAGUAACACCGCAAUAAAAAUGUUGUUUAUGCAAAUUUCCAAAGAAAAAGUUGGGGACUUAUUCAUUUUAGUUUUUUGGGUUUUCUUUCUUUUUGAUGAGCCAUGGCUAGCAGAGGGUAUAGAGACACCCACAGCGGAAGGCAUCCUUUUGAAGGUCUUUAGUCGACCUUUCACACCUACAGAAAAUGCCUCAGAGAAAUGUUUAAAGGACAGUGAUAUCUAUCUUAAUUCUCUGAAUUACUACAAACCCUGGGCCUUACAAAUGUAUGACGCUUCAGCAAAGCCAACAUCGGGCCUCCUCACGGGAAACAAUGUACAUUUAGGAAAUCAUGAUGAAUGUCUCAAAAUAAGAACCGAAUAUGGAUUCACAGGUCAAGCAUGUAAUGCUCAAGUUCAGAUUGCAAUUUUUCAGAAGGAAGAUAAUUCAAUUAAUUCAACAAACCUUUUUAUUCAACUCGCGCUUGCUUCGAAUAUAACGAAAUUUAAAGGUGAAAAAAUGAUUGAAUAUGAAUCGAUAUGGUGUGUUCCAUCUAGCUGUAAUUAUACAGAAGUAUCACAGGCUCUCGAUAAACGCCUUGAUCCUCUAAGAAUUCAAGAUGCAGCAAAUGUCACAGUAAAAGUCAACACAGUCACAUGUCAUUCUGCGAAGAACGAUCGUGUCGAUUUUAACAUCGAAGACUGGAUCUACAUUGGGAUUAUUAUUUUGUUUCUGGCAAUCAUUCUAGCCAGUACUACUUAUGACCUUAUCAGGGCAAGACGUUCGCCACAAUUUGAAUAUAGAGAUACAAAGCACAUGUUGAUAUCUUCCUUUUCACUUUACACAAACGGGAAAAAUCUGUUUUUGAUUGAAAGGAGAGAAAGUGUGAUUGGCUGCUUGGAUGGACUUCGAUUUUUUAGUAUUUGUUGGAUUAUUUUUGGGCACACAUAUUAUAUGGAGAUUGCUGGUGUAAAAUUAGAUUUUUCACACAUUAAUACGAUGCAUGAAACCUGGAGUAAUCUUUUUAUACUGAAUUCAAAUAUCGUCACGGAUACAUUUUUUCUCAUAAGCGCAAUUUUGCUGGCUUAUACUGUGCUUACACGAAAUAAAAAAAGUCCCGACGUUUCUUUGAACUUAAUGCAUCUUUACGUACAUCGGUAUUUUAGAUUAACUCCAGCUUAUGCCAUGACCAUAGGAUUUUAUGCCACUCUCUUUUACAAAAUGGGUUCUGGUCUAGAUUGGGACACUUGGGUAGGGAAGAACAGCGAUUAUUGCCGGAAAAACUGGUGGACAAAUCUUCUCUAUAUUAAUAACUACAUUAAUCUGGAUGCUAUGUGCAUGUCUCAAUCUUGGUAUCUGGCGGUCGAUAUGCAGUUGAUUUGGAUAUCGCCAAUUUUUCUUUUUCCGAUGUUGAAGUUGAAAAAGAAAGUAUUCUUCUGGAUUAUACUUGUUUUUGGAGUUACUGUGUCAAUCAUUGUCCCAUUUGUUUUAACUUACUACGAGAAAUUACCCGGAACUAUGCUCUAUUACAAAGGAUUGGCCGAUACAGAAAAAGUCUUUGUCUUGAUUUACGUUAAAACUUACGCAAGGGCUGGUCCAUAUAUCAUGGGUUUAGGUUUGGGAUAUUUGCUCCAUAAGACACAUUCUUUUAAAAUCACAAUGUCGCCAUCGUAUGUACUUUCUGGUUGGCUCUUAGCCGCUGCUGUCGGUUUGUCGGCCGUUUUGGGAGCACGUGGGCUUUACUACUCAUAUGAUAGGAUAGAGGCCAGUUUUUAUGCUGGUCUACACCGUCACGCGUUCGCACUUGCGAUCUCAUGGAUUAUUUUUGCUAGUACUCAUGGUUAUGCUGGUCUAAUAGGUAAAUUUCUUUCUUGGCGAGUUUGGAUGCCUUUUAGCAGACUCACUUACUCUGCUUAUUUGUGUCACUACAUCGUCUUGUUCUACUAUUCGGGGACCGUUAGGGCGGCAGAAAAACUGACGACAGUUAAUGUGAUGCGAAAGUAUUUCGGAAAUCUAAUAAUGACGCUCUUCAUCUCCUCAAUUGUCUGCCUCUGCUUCGAAAUGCCGUUUUUCAACCUCGAACGAGCGCUGAAUCGUAAGAAGCACAAUUUAAAUGUCAAGCCCAGCGGUCCAGAAUUAUACAAAAGUAAAUCUGUUGGUGAAAUUGUGAACUCAUUUUCACAAAUAGGAACUGAUAUCGAAGAUAUUUCGAAAGGUAGUGUCGAGACCAUAUGUAACUCAUUUGGUGACGUUAGCUUUUAUGGCGUGCAAGUAAAAAAUACUUUACGCGUUUCCGUUUAUGAUGAACUUUCAAAAAGUCAAAGAGAUCGAGAAUGCAGUACCAAUGGAGCAAAAAAUUGAAUUGAAUCUGAAGAAAAAAUCAACGGCUCUGUAAAAAAUUCUAUAUAUGUGCUAAUUCUGAAGCGGAAAAGUGUGGUUAUAAGUAAUUUAGAUAUCGAGAAA